GGCCAUCAGGCACAGUUAUGGGGUAUGUGGUGCUUUUUUCAGGCGCUCGAUAGUAUGAUAAAAUCCAGUACACUCCCAUUCGUCAGGAUUUCCUAUAAUAUUUAGUGAUGGCAGUGCUCUUGGGUUUUAUUGGAAAUUCAUAGCUAAGCCAGGUAAAAUUGGUGCACUCCUCGUUUUUUUUCCGAGUGGGCAGUUACAUAUUUAUUUUUCCAAUCUGGAUGUCAAUAAAUACAGUGACCAAGACAAGGGCAGCAGUAUUUUGCAAGUGGAAAAGCUGACAACUUUCCCACACGUACGGUACACUGUAUCAUAUUUGGUUGUCUUCUGCAAAUUUACGCGAACUAUGUAAUAUACUUGAAAUCUGCAUAUUACUGACAAGGUAUGCAGCUUUUAAAAGCAAAGGACUGUUUAUAAAACGCUUGGAAUUGUCGUUUGGAGUAAAAUAAAAAUAAAUGCACACAUGGACCCUACCAACUAAAAUACCGGGUGCAUAUUCGUCGUACCAAUGGAGAUUCUUCAAGCAUUAACGGGAUUAAACUUGCACGUAAAAUUCCAUACUAAUCAUUUAUGUUUGUAAUGUUUACUCUUCAAUAAUACUAAGUAAAGACAAAACACAGAAACAAUUUCCUUUUAAUGCCACUAAUCACCACCCCACUCUUAUUACAUGUGGUAUAUGCGAAAAUCUGCCACAACAUAGUGGAAAAGCUACGGGAGGCAGACUAGAGAACUGCAGAAGUUUGCUUUAGGAGGCGGAACUGCGAUUUGAUUUGACGAGCUGAUCUUGACGGGACGGAACGUCGAACCAUAACAACAUUCUGCUGUUCUUUUACCUCGUUAGUGUUCUGGCGAGAGGGGAGGUUCUAUUGAAACCACUGUGACGCUGGCUCUGGCAAGGAGGGGGAACUUCAACGCAGUAUUAGUUUUAUGAGCAGGAAACUGAUCUGCCUGGAUUUCUAGCCAGGUCUGUAAUAAUAUAAAUGCAGAAAUAACGCGAGAGAACAUCACACUAUUAUUUUUUCCUCCCCUUUAAAGACGUACUUUCGCUGUAAAGUAGCAAUUUGUUUGCAGUGCUUCUAGUUCCCGGAAGAGUCAGCAGUUUAAAUUCGGAAAGAUGCAUUUCUCCAUCCCGGAGACAGAGGUCCGAUCUGGGGACGGCGGAUCAACAUACGUGGCCUACAAUAUUCAUGUGAACGGUGUGUUGCAUUGUCGUGUUCGAUACAGUCAGCUUUUGGGUAUCCAUGAGCAGCUAAAGAAAGAAUAUGGUAACAAUGUUGUUCCCGCAUUUCCCCCAAAGAAGUUGUUUACACUAACUCCUGCAGAGGUAGAACAAAGAAGAGAACAAUUAGAAAAGUAUAUGCAAGCGGUACGACAGGAUCCUUUGCUGGGGACCAGUGAGAUAUUUAACAGUUUUCUACGGAAUGCACAACAAGAGACUCAGCAGAUCCCUACAGAACAUGUUCAACUGGAUAUUUACCUUGCUAAUGGACAAAAGCUGAAGGUUAGCAUUCUUUCCUCAAAUCAGACGGAGGAUGUCUUGGAGGCAGUAUCUUCAAAACUAGAUCUUCCAGAUGACCUUGUUGGGUACUUCAGCCUUUUUCUUACCAAGGAUGGGAAGGACGGAAUAUGUUCUUUCAUUAGGAAACUCCAGGAGUUUGAGUUGCCGUAUGUUUCAGUUACGAGCCUUCGAAACCCUGACUACAAAAUAGUCCUUAGAAAAAGCUAUUGGGACUCUGCUUAUGACAGUGAUGUUAUGGAAGAUCUAGUUGGACUCGAUCUGUUGUACAUCCAGACGGUAUCAGACAUUGAGAGAGGAUGGAUACUGGUGAACAAAGAGCAACAUCGGCAGCUUAAAUCCCUACAGGAAAAGGCUUCAAAAAAAGAGUUUAUUCGCCUGAGUCAGACAUUGAAGUAUUAUGGCUAUAUUAAGUUUGACCCAUGCAUCACAGACUUCCCAGAGAAAGGCUGCCAGGUUAUUGUAAGUGCUGGUAACAGUGAACUAAAUUUCCAAGUGCGGCUCCCCAAUAACCAGAUCAAGGAAGGAAGCUUCAAGGUUACCCGCAUGAGGUGCUGGAGGGUCACAUCUUCUGUUCCUAUGGCAAAUGGUACAGCAAAUAAUAGCCCAGGAAAAUCAGAAAUCAAACUAGAACUCUCUUUUGAAUACCUGAUGAGCAAAGAUCGUCUUCAGUGGGUCACCAUUUCAAGUCCUCAGGCUAUUAUGAUGAGCAUCUGCUUGCAAUCCAUGGUAGAUGAAUUGAUGGUGAAAAAAUCGGGCGGAAGCAUUAAAAAAAUGUUGAGAAAGCGCCCUAAUGGUUCUCUGCGUCGUUCAGAGAGUCAGCAAGCUGUGAAGUCACCACCUUUGCUAGAAUCACCAGAUUCUAGCAGAGAGCCAGUUGUCAAACUAUCGGCGAAACUUACAUCAGUUAGCCUGCGAGGAAUGAAUACUUCCAACUCUACCAAUGACAUGAGUGCCAAUGAUUUCCAUAGCAACUCUGCCUUUGAAGGAAUCGGAGAUGAUGACUUAUAAGCAAUACAUUUCUCCUAAUGUGUGGGCCUACAGUGCUGGUCAGAGAGCAGAUUUUAUCACAUUACAUGCUGAAGUCUUACUUCCCUAGUAUGUUUUGGGGUACCAUUUUAUUAUUCAUUCAUGGCUGUUACCCCUUUAGAUCCUACUUUUCUGGUAGGGGGAGAGGGGGUAUGCAGCCUGAGCAAAGCUGCAGGAAAUGCUGCUUUCAUUGUCAUUUGCACAUCUCAUAGAUGUAAACGAUUGAACAUUUUGGGUGCUUUCACCUUGCUCUCUUCUAGAUCUUGGGAGAGGGGCUUUAAGCUUUGUGAGUCAGUGGGCAAUUGUAUAUAUUUUCAAACUGGAUAUGUAUUUAUACCAUUCAGUGCAGAAUCUCACAGUUAUAAGUUAAUAAAAGAUGUUAGUGGCCUUUCUGAACAUAUGAUAAGCAAGCCUCUCCAAGGCUGGCACCUAUGUCAGGACCUGGCUAAGCACUUAUAGUCAUGUAUUUGUUGAUAAUGUUGAGGGAAGGCAUAGAUGUACAGUAAGCUUUGAAGUUAAGAAUGUAAGUCAGUCUGUAGAGAAUUUGUUGCUCCCAAGGUAAUGUAACAUUUGCAGGUGUUUACAUUAAAAUAUACUUUAUCUAGAGGCAGUUGCCCCUCUUGUUGUCAUUUUACUGGUCUAGUAGGAUGAUUUUCAGUUUUGUGGAGCUAUUACGUUAAGUAUAUUGCCAGAAAUAAAAAGAAAUGAGGUGCAACUAUCUGUAUAAAAAGCUGCAUUUCAACUGUGCACUUAUAUUUUGCACUAAAAAUGUAGUACCCCUGCCUGCCAUAAAGAAACCGCUAAGACAGAGAUGGAGAAUUACAGUUUCAGUUUAUUGUGUUAAAUUAAUGCAGAUCAGCUUUGCACAACAGCUUUGUGGUAAAUUUUAGAGUUUUCACUUCUUCUUUUACCUUUGCUAGGUUUGAAUCUUUUUUGUUUGUGCCAGCUGGUCUUUGGAAUACUAGGCUUUUGGAGGUGAUGUAUUUCACUGCUGUUCAACUCCAGCCUUCGUAAAAAAUAGUCUGAAUUAUUGUCAGCUUCUAUGCCAGAUUUAAAUGACACUAACAAUAAUUGUAUUUUGGUUGUGAAAGCUAGCAUGCAAAAUUAAUCCCAGAAUGUCCUUACUCAGAGAAGACAGAGUUUGCAGACAUGUUGUUUUCCAGGGUUUGUCUUAACAGUGCGUAUGGUUAGAUUUCUGAAAGGAAUGCUUGUUCAAUAAUGCAUGAUACACACACGCACCAUUUCUGAGCCAGUGGUAUAGGAUUUGGGCUUCUAAUGCAAUGCAUCACUAAGCUUACUUAGGUUAGAAUUUGUAAUAGAUUGCAGUAUAGAGGCCAUUAUACCCUAGAGUGUGAGUUCCUGUUGUUUAUUUGUAUGUAGCAUUCAUGCUCAUUAAUUCUUUGGCAGAAUUAAUGUUGUUACAGAACCCCACAUUGCCCAGAUGUAAAGUUCAGAUACCGAUGGUAGAGAAAUGUAUUUUUAUACUUUUAAGUUCUAAUUACCUGCUUGUCAAAGCAGUCAGCAUGAUUAUUUUGUCCAGCCUUCCUCAGUUCUUCAUUGUAGAACUCUGUCUUCAUGACAUCAUUCACUUACUGGCCCAUUUGUUUUACCAUAACAUCAUCAGCAGUCUAUAUCAUUCUGGGUGUGUGUGUGUGUGGGGGGGGGAGGUCUGCCUCUUCAGGGAAGACUUGCCUUCCAGUAGCCAUCUUACUGGUGUCCAUGCAGUGGACCAAGAGUCAGGAGUGGCAAUGAUGUGUCACAAUGCAUGGAAAGAAUAUGUUGCUGUGAUUUUUGCAACUCAGCCUGUUGCCUAGCACUGACAUGCAGGUGUGUGUGUUGAUGCAGGUGGUUUAUGAGUUGCUGUAUAUGCUGUACCCUACAUACUGCAUCUCAGUCUGUCAUUGCUAAUGUACCUUUAUUUAUCUGUUUUGCCCACUCACAUGGGAUGCCAUGUCCCUGCUGGCCUGUUUGUUCCUGUUUGUUACUCCACACCUACCCUUGAAACAUGCUAGAAAAGGGGGGGGGGUAAAAAGCCAGGGGCUACAGCCAAAACCGUUUGCAGUACGUGACUGUGCCUAGCUGCUGAGUGCACUUUUGUGAAUGUUUCAGAUGCACACUUGAAAUGAGGCACAGUUCUGAGAUUUCCCAGGGAUGGUAUUAUGUUAGGACUUCCACGAGCUCCAUCUCCUUGAAAUGCACAGUCUGGUCCUGACUUCUUAGUCACAUCCCUUUCCAUCUUUCUCCUCCAACACCAGCUUACAGUCAGGACCAAAACCACUGCACUUGCAGAGUCAGCACAAUCACAUAGUCUUUUAUAAAUCCUUUGCUUUGCUUGGGAGUAGCUUGUAGCCUAUGAUUUGAUCUUAAGCCAUUCCUUGGGAAAGGAGAGCAGAUUCUGUCCACUUAGUCGUCUCUCUGGACCGACUCUCCAGUCCCAGGCCUGUUUGUCAGACUUGGGUUGUUAGUGACGCAUGUCGAUGCUCUGCCCCUGCACCAGAACGCUGCCACUUAUUCCAUCUCACUUUGAUGUGUUCUGCUGUGUAACUUGUAGGUAAACGCUGUUUUCAGUGAAGACGGUCCAUGUUAAACUCACUUCUGUGGCAGCAGUCUUGGCCACAGCACAUUGGCUUCAACACUCGUCGGAGCAGAAUUCAUUUUUAUUCAGCUUUACUCUGUUAAAUCAGAGAUGCAUUACCGUUACUAAUAAUUACUGUGUUUUUCAUUCCCUGUGUAGUAAAAGGAUUUGGGGUUGGCGUGUACCUUAAGCUUGUAGAACAUUACACUGAAAAAAAAAUGUUAAGGCUGGUUUUGUGAUGGCCGCUGUUUGCUCAAGUUAUUGCAUGCAUUGAGAUUUCAUCACCAGGCUGUGUUCACAAGGAUUCAUCUAAACUGUGCAGAGCACCAUGUGCCUAUGGGGCAGAGAGCAUGCUGUAGUUGGCACUUACUGUAAACCUGCUUGUGUAAUGAAACUGACUUUUAUUGAGUAUAUUGUUCCAGAAAGAUAUUUAAUGUGACUUUUAUGAAACUUAGUGCAUUGGAGUUAGUACUGAAAGGUAACUUGCAUCUUUGCCCAAAGAAAAUAAGCUACAUUAAACACUUUAAGGAACUGUUUUCCAGUUAGCUACAAGAUCUGAUAAAAUCUCUCAAGGGCCAGUGCUAUAGGUCUGCUUGCACUUGAAAUGUAAUCAUUUUGCACAAAUCUGGACUAGUAUGGACAUGUGAAAAGGCCUACGCUGUGACAGGCUUUGCAUCCUUGCAGUGAGCCUUGCUAAGCUCACAGCAAGGGCUGUGAAAGAAUAUGGAUCCAGUUGUCAGAAAAUGCCAAAUCAUUUGUUAAAAUAUUUUGCACAGAAUGUUUUAUUUGUACACACCUGAGAAAGAAGUGUUCAAACAUAAUUCUUUAAAAGGAAAUCAGUAACAAACUAAGAGUCUGUAAUCAAAAAUGUGUAUUAUAAUACAAAUUAAUGUUUACAGAAUUAUGUUACCAUUAAGUUUUUUCUUGCUAAAUAUGUUUACAAUUUACAGCAAAUGAAAUUAAUAUCCUGUAAUGUUUAGUGUAUUUUACAAACUAGAAAUUGAAUGUAAUGUUUAAAUUUUGCUUUGAAGCCCUUUUCA